CGGCGCUGGCGGCUCGCCCCGCCCCUUCCCGUCGGAGAUGGCGGCGUUGGUUCGGGGCUGGGUGCUCGGGUCCCGGGUGCUGUCCCGGAGCCUGCCCGGCGCCAGGCGCGCCCUGCACGUUUCUGCCGUCUGCGCCAAGAACCGGGCAGCCAGAGUCCGAGUGGGCAAGGGGGACAAGCCCGUGACGUACGAGGAGGCCCACGCCCCGCACCACAUCGCCCACCGCAAGGGCUGGCUGUCGACGCACACAGGUAACCUAGAUGGGGAGGAACAUGCUGCAGAGCGGACUGUGGAAGAUGUUUUCCUUCGAAAGUUCAUGAUGGGCACCUUCCCAGGCUGCCUGGCUGAUCAGCUUAUUCUAAAGCGUAGAGCCAACCAGCUGGAAAUCUGUGCUCUGGUCCUUAGACAAUUGCCUGCACACAAGUUCUACUUCCUUGUAGGCUACAGUGAAAUGCUGCUGUCCCACUUUUACAAGUGUCCUGUUCGUCUGCACCUCCAGACUGUACCCUCCAAAGUUGUGUAUAAAUAUAUCUAGGGCACUUAAAUGUGGGUAAGGAGUGAAAUAAAAAAUUAAGGAAGCUUGUCUGCUCAUA